AUGAGUACUUCAAAGAAGAGGAAAGCUAGUGGGAGUAUGGACAAUUAUUUUGCUCCUAGGACAACCCCUGAUUCCCAACCAGGUAUUAAAAGUGCAUUAGCAACUAAAGAAGCAAAACAUAAUGUGAAAAUGUUGAUUGUUGAAUGGGCUAUUGUGAACUGUAUUCCGUUUAAAGCAUUUGAUUGCCCUUUAUUUCAAAAAGCUGUGGAUGGAAUUGCUUCAAUUGGGCCUGGGUUUAAAGCCCCUAGUGCUUAUGAUUUCAAAACCAAUUUAUUGGGUGAUUGGAAAAAAGAAUGUCAGUUGCUGAUUGAUUGUUAUCGAGCUAAAUGGAAAAACAAUGGCUGCACACUCAUGGCUGAUGGAUGGACCGAUGUUAGACAACGCACUUUGAUAAAUUUCUUAGUGUAUUCUACACACGGUAUGGUAUUUGUGAAAUCUAUUGAUGCAUCAGAUCUAGUCAAAGAUGCUAAAACUUUAUUUACACUAUUAUGUGAAGUCAUUGAGUGGAUUGGUCCUAAGGAUAUCGUUCAUGUAGUGACUGACAAUGCAGCCAACUAUGUAGCAUGUGGCAAACUGAUUAAGGAAAAGCAUAAAAGCAUUUAUUGGUCUCCUUGUGCUGCUCAUUGUUUGAAUCUUGUAUUGAAAGACUUUUCCAGCAUGCCUCAUGUGUCGGACCUUGCAUCAAAGGCAUCAAGAAUAACCAUCUUUGCAUACAAUCAUAUGGUUUUCUUAUCCUGGCUGAGAAAAAGACCGAGCUGGAAAGAAAUUGUGCGUCCUGGUGCCACAAGAUUUGCUACUACAUUUAUUACAUUGCAUAGCAUAUAUAUGCACAAAAAUGACUUGCAAGCUUUGGUUGUUGAUAAGCAUUUUGUGGACCACAAAUUAUCCAAGACCGAAGCAAGAAAAAUUUUUAGUGCAAUCAUAUUAGAUAACCGGUUUUGGAAUGACUGUAAUGAAGUUGUAAAGAUUGUAUCUCCUUUGAUAAAAUUAUUGCGAAUUGUAGAUUCAAAUGAAAAACCUUCAUUGCCUUAUGUUUAUGAAGGCAUGCGAAGAGCAAAAAUGGCAAUUAAGGAGAUGUUUAAGAAGAACAAGGAGAUGUAUAAGCCUUAUACAAGAAUUAUCCAAGCUUGA